UGAGCUACAGGAGCGGCGCAGUCGCACGAGCUGCUCUCCAUCCCUUUCUCACGCGCCUCCCCAAAACACGCACACACACACAUAGACACACACAGACGGAGACGGAGACAAAACAUCCCGCGCUCCAGAAGCUCGCGCUCCGCUCCUCCAUGGCCUCGUCGUCCGCGAGCGGCGCGGAGGAGGCGCGCGCCCCCGCGCUGACGCCGCUGAAGCUCGUGGGUCUGGCCUGCGCGUUCCUCGCGCUGUGUCUGGACGCGGGCGCUCUGCUGAGCCCCGCGUGGGUGACCGCCGAGGGGCAGUACGCCCUGUCUCUGUGGGAGUCCUGCCUGAGAGCGAGCGGGCACGCGGACUGGCACUGCAGCAGCACGCUGGAGACAGAUUGGCACAUUGCCACGCUGGCACUGUUGCUGGGCGGAGCUUUCCUCAUCUUCAUCUCCUUCCUGGUGGCUCUGAUCGCCGUCUGCACUGGAACCCGGAGACGAUUCUACAGGCCCGUGUCCGUCAUGCUGUUUGCUGCAGUGGUUCUGCAGGCCUGCAGUCUGGUUCUGUACCCCAUCAAGUUCAUUGAAACCAUCAAUCUGCGGAUGUACCACGAGUUCAACUGGGGCUACGGUCUGGCCUGGGGGUCCACCAUCUUCUCCUUCGGAGGAGCCGUCCUUUACUGCCUGAACCCUAAAAACUACGAAGACUACUACUAAAACCUGCCUGAAGACUACAUCCCCCACAAUGCACUCCGCCGCCACACUGUUGACACUGCGCCGCAUAAAGUUGCUGCGCCUCCCUGCGGAACUGAUGAUCACUGAUCCUUACAAACUGAGCAGCGCAGCCAAGUGCAGCCGGGCCCGGCAGACUGGAACUGAACAAUGGCUUCACCUGGAUGCUCCCGAGCCACUCUGAAUCUUUUUACGUUUUUCCCACGCCGACAACUGUCUGCAUCUGGGUUGUCGACCGUUAAUUAGCAUCACCAUUAGCAUCGGCAUUAACAUUUAACGCUUAGCAUUAUCUUUCUCCAUCCUCUCUCCUCUCCCUUAUUAUUAAAGUUUCACUCUCUCACCCUUUUUCCAUCUGUCCGUCUCGUCUGUUCUCACCUUUUCCUCACUUUCCUCACUUUCUGACACCGCUGAUCCAUCCCUCAUCUCCACCAGUUCUUCUUGCAAGCCACCGAAGCCAGGCUCCGGAACGAUCUGGAAUUCCUGGAUCUAAGCUGUGAUGCGCCGGCCCCUGUGGAGCACUCCAUCUGGAGUGAGAUUUGUAGCCAAGUAGGCAGGUGAUGAGGGUUGUGUAUGUGUGUAGGUGUAUAAGUGUGUGUGUAUGUGCGUACAAGUGUGUGUGCGUGGAUAUGACCGGCCACACACAAACAGAUCAAAGCAAUUACUGCAAUAAUUAGAAUAUCAGUCAGUUUCGGUAAUGAGAAAGCACAGAUUUACACAAACAGAGUGGGAAGAGGUACGGUAUGUUGAGGUUUUUACAGCUGGUAGUAGGGCUGCACGAUAUUGGAAAUGUUAUUUCAAAUGUUCGACUAUAUAUAUUGCGAUAUUAAUUAACCAAUGCAGGGCCUAUGACGUCACCAGCCCGUCCCCGACCCGCAUGCUGUCUCACGUCCAGACCGAUCAAGAGUUGAGUCAGCGUGGAGCAAAAAAAAAAAACAAGGAAAACAGCAAAACAACUGUAAUCGUCCCUUUAAUCAGGCAUUUGAAUGGCUUUUUAAAAGGUAAAUAAGAGCAUUUCCUGGGAUUAAAAGCGUGAAUUCAGCUGUAACUAGAAAUAUCUGCGCUGCAAAACUGUGCUGGACUGAGGUGCACAGCUUUCGACACCUGCUCACGUUUACAAGCAUGCAGGCCAUGCAGUUACCUCCUGUUUACUCCUAACCCCCCCGCCCCACCCCCACCUCCGCACUUCUCAGGCAGCAGCAGCCUGUCACUCACACAGACACAGAGACAACGCUGUGUAUCUACUUCUUGUGCCAGGAAUCCAAACACUGCGACUUGAUGUGUUUGAUUUGACGAUGCUUAAACGAUAUAUCGUGCAGCCCUAGAUGGUACUAUAUCACAUUUCCUUUCUGAUACUUAAACUAGUAAAAAAAAACAUAUGGUAUAUGGAUUGUAUAUGUAAGUAAUUACAACAUUGAAGUGAAAGGAUAUGUUUAUUAGGGGGAAAACAGUUGCAAAGAGGCUCUAGUACCCUGCUGAAAAAAAAUUCUGUUUUGAAAAUGAAGUGUAAUAGGAUAGAGUGCUACAGACUAGUAGCUCUCCAGCCCAGAGGGUUGUUGAACCCAAUUACAGAACAGUUGAUCUCAAAGCAGGUAAACAUAAGAAUUUAAAAAAAUAAUAAUAAUAAUAAACACACCGCUCCUCACGCGGGAUCGAACCUGUGUUGUCAGGGUUGCGGUGCAAUGCGCUAUUGCUGCUCCAGCUAGUGAAUUGGGACACAGCCGGGAAAAUAUGCCCUAAGGAGAUAGGGAGCCCAAGAACCGGCGGAAAAACCAGAACAGAGAAGCAUUUUAUUUAGUUUUUUUUUUUUUUCAUUAUUGUUCAUUAUAGUUCAAUAUAGCUCCCUGGUAUUGUUAUCUUUGAAUAUGGCUGUGUCAUCAGGGAAGAAAAAUACAUUGAUGGAAGAAGCUGGUCUAUAUUCAGUAUAUUCAGGUAGUCAGCUGACCAAAUUCUUUUAGCACAUACUGUUGCUGAACCUAAACCUGCAGACCAACUGCAGCAUCAACCCCACAUCACUUACUUAGUUAAAUCCAGGUGAUUCCUUUUUUUUUGGCCAAACAAAAUACUUUUUAUUACAUAAAUAAAAUCUAAAAUUACAUUUUUACAUCAAAAUAUCUCAA